AUGGCAGCAGCUUCAAUUUCCAGAACAAUAGAAAGAAAUCUCCGACCUAUCAAUUUAUCCAAGUGGCUUCCUCCUUCCUCUCUAUUUUCUACUACAGCCCCCGGUAUCUCCACUGUACCUCAGCAACCUCAAGGUUCAAACAAAGAAAGAUCUACAUGGUCAAAGGUGUUGCUUUUUGUACCAGGAGCCAUCACUUUUGGCCUUGGCACUUGGCAAAUCUUCAGAAGACAAGACAAGAUAAAAAUGCUGGAGUUUAGGCAGAAUAGACUAGGACUUGAACCACUUAAGAGUAUUGAGAUUGCAACUUCUAGUGGAAACUUUGACUCUCUGGAGUUCAGGAGAGUACAAUGUAGAGGAUUUUUUGAUGAGAAGAAGUCGAUAUAUGUUGGCCCGCGUUCAAGAAGUAUCUCUGGAGUGACUGAAAAUGGAUACUACCUCAUUACUCCCCUUCUGCCGAUCCCUGAUGAUCCUAACAGUUUGCAGACACCAAUAUUGGUGAAUAGAGGAUGGGUCCCACGGAGUUGGAGAGACAAGGCAUUAAAAGUUUUCGAAGAUGAUGACCGGUUAAGUGGAGCAUCCACCCCUGCUCAAGAGAGUGCAGAAAGCUCUUGGUGGCGUUUUUGGUCCAAAAAGCCGAUCAUUGUUGAGGAGCACUCUCCAGCUAUUAACUCUGUAGAAGUUCUUGGAGUUGUACGUGGCAGUGAGAAGCCAAGCAUAUUUGUUCCGGCCAAUGAUCCCAGUGCCGCUCAGUGGUUUUAUGUUGACGUGCCUGCUAUAGCUCAAGCUUGUGGACUUCCAGAGAACACACUAUACAUUGAAGAUAUCAAUGAUAAUGUCAACCCCAGCAGUCCAUACCCUGUUCCAAAGGAGGCUAAUACACUUAUUCGUAGUUCAGUAAUGCCGCAGGACCAUCUAAAUUAUACAUUGACUUGGUAUUCUCUGUCAGCUGCAGUAACAUUUAUGGCUAUCAAGAGACUAAAACAAAAAAAGAGAAGGAGAUAG